AUGGCCAAGAUUACCGAGCUCUUCUUCGAUUGCGACAACACCUUGGUCCUCUCCGAGGAGUUGGCCUUUGAGGCUUGCGCUGACCUGGCUAAUGAGAUUCUCGAGGAGUACAACAUCCCCGAUCGCUACACCGGCGAUGAGCUCAUCAAGGACUUUGUCGGCCAAAACUUCCGCGGCAUGAUGGGGUCCUUGCAGACCAAGUUUGGGUUCAGCAUCGAACCUACAAAGCUGGAGGCAUACGUCAAGAAGGAGGAGGACAAGGUCAUCGCCAAAUUGGAGGCCAAGGCCAAGCCUUGUGUGGGUGCUACGGAGGAGUUGGAGAAGCUGUUCGCCUCGAAGAAGUAUGGUCUCGCGGUUGUCUCUUCGUCCGCGCUGCGUCGCGUGCGCGCUUCCAUCGAAAAGGUCGAUCAAGCCAAGUUCUUUGAACAUGACAAGGUCUUCAGCGCCGCAACCUCUCUUGAGAAGCCGACUUCCAAGCCUGACCCCGCGAUUUACUUGCAUGCCCUGGAGAAGGUUGGCAAGACUGCUGCCGAGACUAUCGCCAUUGAGGAUAGCAAGUCCGGUGCUCUCUCAGCCAUUCGUGCUGGUAUUGCCGUCAUUGCUUAUGUCGGGAGCUACAAUGGCGAAGAGACACAGAAGGAAAUGGCCGAGAAGCUGACUGAACUUGGCGCAAAGAAUGUCAUGUGGCACUGGUCUGAAUUCGAAGACCGUGUAAAGGAGAUUGAGACUGGGUCUACUGAGGUUCACUCGAGCCUUUGA